AUGACCAACACGAUUGGCCAAGGAUUAAAAGCCUCUGCUUCUCAAGUAACCUGGAUCGCAGCUGCAGUUGGGACUUGGCAGUGGUUCUUUCAUGCUUUUCUUUGUGCCUUGCUCUCGUCGCCGCUUGGAGUCACCGGUCCAUACGAACUAAUCGUCAUCUGUGGUCUUCUUGGAAUUUGCACAGCAGCAAUUGCUCCACCAGCUCUCGGUAUCCUCUUCACUGCUUAUCCAGAAGGUCGUCGAAGAAAUAUGGCAUGUGGUGCUCUUGGGAACUGGCAAUCCGCUCGGCUUCAUUUUAGGAAAGUAUUUCAUCCGGUCUCGCCAUCAGAUGCGAUUCGAAGAUUUGAUUAUGCUGGUUCUUUAUUCAUUGUCUUGGCUGUCGCUUUGGUAUCAGCAGGACUGACAGAAGGACCUCAAAGUGGUUGGCUAUCAGUACACGUCGUUCUUUUACUUGUAUUUGGUGUUUUCUUCAUCUUCGGUUUUAUUGCCUGGGAAUACUUCUACGAAAACCCCCUUCUCGAUCUUUCGGUUUGGCGCAACGGCAACUUUAGUCUUUGUGUAAUCUGUAUGGGAUUCGGAUACAUGUCAUUCAUCACAACGAAUUCUGGAUUGCAUUGUACAUGCAAGAUGUUCAACAUUACACACCAUUACAAAUUGCUGCUCGUAUGUGCCUCAAGCAGUGCAGGAGUAUUUUGGAGUUUCUUGGGCCAAUGGCUUAUUCAAAAAGUGCAUGGAACCAUUGUGAUGGGUAUUGGAUCUUUGAUGUAUUCUGCGGGGGCAAUUUUAUUGCUGUUCAUUAAGGAGGACACAUCAUAUUGGCUAUUUCUAUUUCCAGCGCUUAUCAUUACAGUUAUUGGUGCGGAUUUUCAGUUCAUCGUCGCGAAUCUCUACGCAAAUAAACAAAUGCCAACUCAAGCAUCACUCGGUGUCGGAAUUAUUCAAACAGCCUACAGACUUUCCAUAACCAUUGGUCUAGCCAUUACAUCCGCCAUUUUCAACACCACCACCUCAAAAGAAGCAAGUAUUGAAGAUCCAACUUUCCCUUAUCGACGCGUCUAUAUCUGCUCUAUAAUAUUUGCCAGCAUCGGACUCGCAUGCAUUCCAUUCAUGCGAAUCCAAACUCGCACCAAAGACAACACAUCUACGCAUGCUCGCCCAACAACUCUGGGAGCAGAAAGCAACGCCAGUAUGAUUGUCAACCAUUCUUCAUCUCAAUCGCAUUAUGACACCUUGCUUCGACAACUCAAUCUCCAUCGCGAAAACCCUCUCAACCUUGACGAACGAGUUUACCGUGGACAUCGUGCCGAGAUCAAUAAUGCGCAACGCUACGAUCCUGCUCUGCCUAGAUCGAUGACUAUGAACGAUAUUGCUCAAGGUCUUCUUCGUCUUCCUCGAUGGAGCUGGGAAAAUAGACCACGAGCGGGUUUUUGGCGAAACCGCAGAGGUAGUCAAUGUCACUGGGAGAGUAGCAGCGGAGAUAUCUUUGAGGUUUGCAAAAAGUGCAAGGAAGAGAGAAAGAUUAAGGAUGAAGAGGGUGCGUGGCAGGAGAUUGAUGAGGCGGGUAGGGAUUGUGUUAAGGAGGGUGGAAGAGGUAAGGGUAUGAGAGCUAUGGAAUUGGAGAUUAAAGAUGAGAGGAGGUUUACUGUGUAG